AUGGCGCCUCCACAGAUCAAACAAGAUCUAAAUCGAUCGGGGUGGGAGACGACCGAUUUCCCAUCCAGUUGCGAAAAUUGCCUCCCAGAUAACCCCUACGUUCAGAUGCUCAAAGAGGACCACGGCGCCGAAUGUAAGAUAUGCACAAGACCAUUCACCGUGUUUCGGUGGAAGACAGAUCGAACCGCUCGAACGAAGCGCACCAACAUAUGUUUGACCUGCGCACGACUGAAAAACUGCUGCCAGUCUUGCAUGCUCGAUCUUUCCUUUGGACUCCCCAUUACAGUCCGUGAUGCAGCUCUUAAAAUGGUGGCACCCGGACCUCAGUCCACCAUCAACCGUGAAUACUAUGCCCAAGAACACGAGAAGGAACUCGAGGAGGGCCGCGGUGCCGUUGAAGCCUACGAAAAGACAGAUGAGAAGGCGCGAGAUUUACUACGUCGUCUUGCUAACAGCGAGCCAUACUACAAGAAACAACGAAGACUGGAAGCAGAAGAAGGUGAAAGUUCUAGUGUUACAAAGCAAGGCUCUUCCGGCCCAGGUCCCAUACGCACUUCCGAUCAGAGAAGGGGAGGGAAUUCGCAGCGUGGAUCUCGAUCAGGUCCUGGCGGCGCGAGAACCGUGCCUGGCCCAGCACGACCGCCACAGCCCGAAGACUAUCUACCGCCCGCCGACCCCAACGUCACCUCUCUAUUCGUCACUGGCGUGGAGGAUGAUCUACCAGAACACGCUCUUCGAACGUUCUUUACACCUUUCGGCCAGAUUCGUUCGUUGGUCUGUUCCCAUCGAGCCCAUUGUGCGUUUGUCAAUUAUGCUUCCAGAGAAGGAGCCGAAGCCGCUGCCGCCCAUUGUCAAGGUAAAGCCGUUAUUCAAGGUUGCCCUUUGAGAGUGAGAUGGGGCAAGCCAAAACCUCUCGACAACACCGACCGGGACCAGCGGAUGGAAUGGGCCAGAGAAGGCAGACAAACCGCUGCAGCGAUCAAAUCCAGUCAGGCGGGACGUCCGGCAAUCACAUCUGGCGGAGAAGUUGGAGCGGAGACUGAGCAAGAGGCCGACUCGAGAGUCGUGGUUGCACCUCCCCCCGGCCAGGGUGCCGUCACAUAUGCAAGUCUCGCAGGUGAUUGA